AAUUAAAAGAAAAAAUUAAAAGAUGAUUAGUCAAACAUCAAGAGUUUUAUUAAAUCUAAGCAAAAACAAUGGAUUAAAAAGAGUUGCUUCAAAUUAUUUAAAUAGAUCAGUUGUUUCAACUUCAUCAAAAACUAACGGUAUUAGAAGUUUUUCAAGCAAAGUUAAUGAAAUUAAAGAAGAAAAAGAAAACUUUCAAUAUACCAAUAAUUUAGAAGUUCAAGAAUUAAAACAUUAUAUACCAUGUUACACUAUCAUGAAUCAAGAAGGUAUUGUACAAUCACCAGAACAAGACCCAAAUUUUAGCAAAGAAGAAGUCGUUAAAAUGUACAGCACUAUGGUAACAUUAAGUGUUAUGGAUUCAGUUCUUUACGAUGUACAAAGACAAGGUAGAAUUUCAUUUUACAUGACAUCAUUUGGUGAAGAAGCUAUUCAUGUUGGAUCAGCAGCAGCUUUGGAAAUGAGCGACACAAUUUUUGCACAAUACAGAGAAACUGGUGUUUUCAUGUGGAGAGGUUUUACAAUUGCCGAUAUCAUCAAUCAAUGUUGCACCAACGAGCAUGAUUUAGGUAAAGGUAGACAAAUGCCAAUGCAUUUCGGUUCAAAGAAAAUUAAUUUACAAACUAUUUCAUCACCAUUAACUACCCAAUUACCACAAGCCGUCGGUAGUUCAUAUGCUCAAAAAUUAGCUGGUGAAAAGAGUUGCACUAUUGUUUAUUUUGGUGAAGGUGCUGCUUCAGAAGGUGAUUUCCAUGCCGCCAUGAAUUUUGCAUCUGCUCUUUCAACCCCAACUAUCUUCUUUUGUCGUAACAAUAAAUGGGCUAUCUCAACACCAUCCAAAGAACAAUAUAAAGGUGAUGGUAUCGCUGGUCGUGGUCCAAAUGGUUAUGGUAUGAAAACUAUUCGUGUAGAUGGUAACGAUAUUUGGGCUGUAUACAACGCCACCAAACUCGCUCGUAAGAUCACCGUCGAAGAACAACGUCCAGUUCUCAUCGAAGCUAUGACUUAUCGUGUUGGUCAUCACUCUACCUCUGAUGACUCUUCACGUUAUCGUACCGUCGAAGAAAUCAAUCAUUGGAAGGAAGGUAAAAAUCCAAUCACUCGUUUAAGAAACUAUAUGGACCGUAAAGGCUGGUGGAGUGAUGCUCAAGAAAAAGAACUCAUCACUGAAGCUCGUCAAACUGUUCGUGACUCACUCGUUGUCGCUGAAAAACAAUUCAAACCAUCCAUUUCUGAAAUUUUCACUGAUGUUUAUCACACACCAACUCCAAAUCUUAUUGAACAACAACAAGAAUUAUUAGAACACUUAAGACUUUAUCCAGAUGAAUAUCCAUUAAAUCAAUAUUUGGACUCUGAUAAAAUUCUUAAAAAUAAUUAAAUAGUAAAUAAUCAAUAAUAAUAAUAAUAUCAAUAAUAAUAUACCAUAUCAAAUUUAAUCAACUUUAAUCAAUUCAAAAUUUUAUUAAAUAACUUUAUUAAUUUUAAUUUAUUUAAAUUCAAUUUCAAAUAAUUAUAACAUUAAAUUAUAUAAUUAAAAAAUUAUAAAUAAAUAAAAAAAAAAAAAAAAGGUCGAAU